GCUGUAUAAAACAGCUGACAGGACACAUCACAGCAACAUCAUGUGGCUCUUCUGAGGAGGGCUGCAGGCAGUCAAGACAGGUGCAUCAGCAAAUCAUACUCCCCAUGUGUGGGUGAGCUGAAGUAAGGCUGGGAUUGCGUCUCUGUUGACACCUCCGCAGAUUCAGCGUGAAGCAGGGAGAGAGAGAGAAACAGACAUGCAGACAGAAUGAAUAGAAUGAGGAGGACAGAGGGAGCGAGAGAGAAGACUGAAAGAGACAGAAGAUAUAUUUGACUAUGUGGGUGUGUGAAGUAUCGAGGCAUGCAUCAUAAUUGUGGAUUCUUCUCGGAGCAGCCGGACGUGUCACUGCAGCAGCAGGACAUUAUUGGCCUCACAAAGAGUGACAUUUUGUACUUUAAAACACUGAAAGCUGUGAGUGCAGAGAGCGACAAAAAAGACAAAAUGGAAACUAUUUUGUUUCACCUGCCUCAAGGAUUUCAUUAAUUGGGAUUAUAAGAAAAAAAUACUUGAACUUGUUGAAGGGAUGCAGACUGCAAAAAUGAUGAUGCCCCUUCGCUGUCAAUAAUCAAGAUUUCAAGUCGAGAAUUUAUCUGAGAUGGCCGUCAGCCCUAUCAUCAUCUGCCUCCUGUCACUGAUUGGCUAUGGCUCAUCCAGCCCCUCUCCUCCUCCUCGGGGAUGCAGCGUGGAUGUGGACCCUCCGUACAGAGUUCUGUGUGACCUGGAGUCAGUCUGGGGUGUGGUCCUGGAGGCCGUGGCCUGCAGCGGUGGCCUCGCCUCUCUGGUCCUCGCCGUGCUGCUGCUAGUCAAGCUGCGCUCCAUUUCCGACUCGGCCAGGCGCUCUGGCAUGGGGCCGCUCCUCCUGCUCCUGGGCACACUCCUUGGGCUCUUCUCCAUCUCUCUGGCCUUCCUGGUGGGGAAGAACCAGGCGCUGUGUGUGGUCCGCAGGGCUUUCUGGGGGCCCCUUUUUGCCCUGUGCUUCUCCAGCUUGCUAGUGCAGGGUGUGCGGCUGAGGAGGCUGGUGGCUGGCAAGACGAGUCCAUCGGGCAGCUCCCUUGCAGCGCUCGGCCUGGCCUUGGCUUUGGUUCAAGGGAUCAUCUCUGCCGAAUGGGUCUUGCUGACUGUUGUAAGGGAGGGACACCCAGCCUGCGAAUAUCCACCUUUAGACUUUGCUUUGACAUGCAGCUACACCCUGGGGCUGCUCCUCAUUGCCAUGGGGCUUUCUCUAGGAGUGGUGCUGUGUGGAGGAGAGAUGGGGGUAGAGGGAACAGGUGGGAGUGAAGAAGAUAGGGAAGGAGAUAGUGAAAAACGAAGAUGGAAGUGUAACGCUGUGUGGCUCUUCCUGUCCAGUCUGGCGUCAGCAUUGCUAUGGGUGGCCUGGCUGGGGUUUUAUCUUUAUGGCAGCCAGGCGCUAAGGGGAAAAGGGAAGGGGUCGGGGAGAGGAAAGAACGAUGCAAAGGUCUUGGAUGAGCCUGCACUGGCGGUGGCCCUCGUCAUUCAGGGCUGGAUCCUGCUGCUGUUCCACGCUAUUCCAGAAGCACACCUGUGUCUCCGGAACCCUCCGCAAACCAACACGCAAGACUUCUUCGACACCAGUCACACGACACCUCCACAUUUUGGAGAUGACCUCCCAUCACACUCUCACCGACCUUUUGCUGAAAACCAGUCUUUUUCUAUGGAGGAGCAUGGUGCAACUCUCCGAAGUGGAACGUACCACAGCAGCCACGGGAGUGCCCGUCAUGGCGUUGCGUUCAGAGGUCAUGUCUACCAACCUACUGAGAUGGCUCUGGUCAUGAACGGUGGAACAAUGCCCACAGCUCCAGUUAACUACACAGGACGACGGUUGUGGUAAAAUGGGAUGAGACUUGAAGAGGAUCCACUGGUGUGACGCUGGUGUGUAACAGUAGAAUUUCCUGUUGCCUAAAAAGAGGAGGAAGGAAAUAUUAAAGAAAGCAUAUCACACAGGAUUGAGUUGAUGGGAGCUUAAAAAAUGUUUAAUGUGUUAGUGUUUCUGCACACAUGUAUGAAUUUUACAUUUAAGGUACCAAUUCUAUACUGUAGUAUUUUUGCAGAAGUUUUCUGGGUGCCUCUUUACUGGCUUACUGGAAAUGAAAUCCCAAAAGAGGGAUGAGAAAGUGACACAGCUUCCACAGUAAAUUAAUACACUCAUGAGGAAUGUAUGAGGAGGACAAAUGUUAUUAUAUAGAGGAUGAAUAUCAAAGACAAGUGUUCAAUGUGAUGUUGACCACGAGACAGUAGAGACUUAAGGAUAAUUUGAAUGUAGUGAAGUAACAUUUUGUGUGAGCAGCUCUUAUUGAAUGCUGUUACUUACUGAUGACAUGUCAUCAGUGAUGUUUGCUUCAUAAAAACUUAUCUUCUCUUUUUAUCUGGCGUCAAGCUACAACUCAGAAAAAAACCCCUUUCGAUUGUUUAUGUAAAUUACCUGCAUACGCCCACAAAGCUUGCUUGGCCUCUGUGACACGCUGGAAAAAACCCAAAGGACUCACAAUGUUUUUCUCUCCGUAUCUCCAUCCUAUUAUCAGUGCUAUCGCACAGUUUGGCACAUUUCACCACGUGUUGAAUAUUGCCAUGCAUUUAACAGAGCUUGUGUAGAGUUCUGGAGAAUCAUCUGGUUAUUUUAAAGGAUAAACUGAGUCGACAGCUCAUGGAUGAGUAGUUUUUAAUAAGCAUAUCAUGAAAAGCCAUUUAAUACUGUAAUGCCUAUAAUGAAGUAUAUAGGGUUUACUGUUGGAGGUUGUGAUUUUGCACUUUAUAAUGUCUGGGCAUUGUGAUAUUUGAGAUGCAUGUAAAAGCGCAGUUUAAAGGUAAUGUAUUUUGUCACAUUUUUAUUGUAUUUUGAGUGUUUUUUAGAAUUUUGAUAUAUUUAUGGAAGACAAAUACCAGUUUUAGUGUUGAGUUGAUUCCCAUGUAAAGUGUUUGGAAAAUAUAAACAUCUGAAAUUCCAUUAAAACUGGGCAAGCCUUAUCCGCAGAGGAAGAACGUGUGGUAUGAUUCAAAAAUCUUGAACAGCUAAAAAGACCUUGACUUUGGACUCUAGUUUUGGUACAUUUUCACUAAUGUUUUCCCAAAGAUGGUUUCAAAAAGGUUUCUGAUAAUUCUAUCCACUUUGUUUAAGAUGUUUGGUAACACUCUUUACGUUCCCUUUAAAUAUCAAAAUCCCACUGAAUAUAGAGAAAACGUUUUGUCAUCCAUCACUGUGAAUUUAACUGGAACAGAUUCAAUCAAAUGUAUAUUUUUUAUCACUGACACAGCAAAGUUUGGCUCCAAAGCGAGACAGAUAUCUAGCCGGCAGCUGCUGGCAAUUGAACUCUGAGGCAACUUCAUACUUGACUGAAGGGAUGCAGUUUUACACUGGAUUCAUUCCAGGACAUUUUAUCCACUUAAAAUAUAAUUUAAAGAACAGUCACUAUGUUCAUGUUGUGACCAUUUCUUUUUGCUAUAAGACUUAACUAAAUGAUUUGCUUUUGUGUACAAGUGUGUGCUCAGAUAUUGUACAAUGAAAAUAUUAUCAUAACAGAAUUUUUAUGUGUUAACCCUAUAUAUGUGACUUUUAAUCAUGUAAAUAAUCCAAAUGUGACAAUGGUAUUUUCCUUUUAAGAUGCUCUUAUGAUGAAAGCACUGUCACUGUUUUAUGGCAGCAUAACAUGAAUGUCUGUAAUGUGAUUCGCACAAA